AUGAAGUUUCUUAGCAUUGCGAUGAAACUUAUCGCGCUCCGGAUUCUAGGAUGCGUUUCUGCUCUCGCAACGUUCUCUCCGUCUGGUGGUGGUCCAACAUAUUCCUUGGGCAUACCUUCUACAACCGAGUCCACUGGUACAGGAAACAUAUAUUUCCAACUCAGUGCACCAGAUACGUAUCAAUGGGUUGCGUUAGGAAUUGGUCGCAGCAUGGCUGGCGCAUACAUAUUUAUAGUGUAUAGCGACGGGAAUGGCAAUGUUACAAUAAGCGCGAGGACCGGAGGACAAGGCCAUGUGGAGCCAAUGGUAGAUGAAGGACUAGCAAGUAAAGUGCAAUUGCUGGAGGGUAGUGGGAUCACGGGAGGUGUAAUGAAAGCGAAUGUCUUGUGUACAAACUGCCCUCUCACCUCCACAACAACUACGUCUUCGCCAUGGAUAGCAGCAUGGAAUAAAGGCUCUCCGAUCGAUAGCACCUCCACAUCUUAUUCUAUCAACCAACACGGCGACGAUAGCUACAGACAGUUUACAUACGAUCUCACAUCUGCUACCAUCACCUCAGACGAGAAUCCAUUCUUAUCUACAUCCACAAGCCCAUCUGCAACACCAUCGCAACCCUCAUCUAGCUCAGGAGAUAGCGCUGGAGAAACAGGUGGAGGAGGAAGUGAAGAGUAUGGAACCCCCGCCUCAACAAUCAAAGCCUAUAAUAUUGCACAUGGCACUAUAAUGGGUAUAACGAUGGUUAUUCUCUUCCCACUAGGCGCAAUAGCCAUGACUAUAUUUGGAAAAUGGUGGCUCCAUGCAGCCUUCCAAGUAUUCAGUUUGGUCAUGCUAAUUAUUGGAUUUGGACUGGGUGUAAAAUUGGCGAUGUUCAAGGAUUACCUAUUUAAAAAUCAGGGCAAGACACACACAAGUUUCGGAUUAGCACUCUUCAUCCUAUUCCUCAUCCAACCCAUCAUAGGCCUCCUUCAUCAUCUCGCCUACCAAAAACAACACGCAAGAGGUUUUCUGGGAUAUAUCCACAUAUGGUAUGGUCGCGCCCUACUCAUAUUAGGCAUCAUAAACGGUGGUCUCGGCUUACAACUAGCUCGAAAUACCCGAGGCGGGGAAAUUAUCUAUGGACUCCUAGCAGGGCUAGUAGCCUUGACUUAUUUGACAGUAGUGCUAUCCAAAGGACUGGGAAAAUUCGUAGGUAAUAAAGAUGUAGGAGAAUAUGAGGAUAAGGAUGAGGAUGAGGAUGAGGGAGAGGGAGAGGGAGGGAACCAAGGAGGGUAA